AUGAAGACCCAAUGUAUGACGUCAUUCGGGAAAACAAAAGGAAUGAAAAAGAAACCAGGAUCCAGCAGCUGCAGCAGCUGCUCCAGGACACCACCUCCUCCAAUUCAGACAGCUCCUCCUCUUCCUCGUCCUCAUCCUCAUCUGACCACCAUCGCAGUAAGAAAAGGAAGAAGAGGAAGGACAAAAAGAAGAAAGACAAGAAGAAGAGAAAAAGGAAACGAAAGCACAAGUCCUCCAAAACCAGCGACUGCUCAGAUUCAGAUUGAGCGCUUGGAACUAUGUGCUACGUACAUUGAACGUAGGAAGAGACCGCAAAUGAAGUAGCAGCAAUGGCAGAUCUCACGCAGUAGUGAAGUGUGUUCUUCAGAGUGCCUCAGUAAGAACGGCAUUCUGGAGGCCUUUCUAAGCCUUUUCUCUGCAGGUUGAACCCCUUAAACUGUAAAUCCACUGCGCAUGACUUCUCCCAGCCAUUUAAUUCUCUCCAGGAUGACGCGUUGCAUUUACAUCGACUCUGUUAGAUCACACACCAUGGGGUCAUAUGGAACAGAUGCCUGAGUAAGUGUGUGUAUAUAUGCCUUGGUGCAUAUGUUUCAAAAAGCAUUAGCCGCAUGGGGAAUGAAUCUAGUCAUAUGAAAUGAGCCCGCUGAUGUAAGAGAUAAAGUUGUUUUACGAGGUAUAGUAAGAUCGCAUGUCAGCAGAUAGAGUAUGUUAUUAAGAGAUUGUAGUUUCCACCAUUUUUUAUCCCUGCUUUUAAAUACUUUGAUUGUAGUGUGGUAAAUGCAGAGAGGUGGGAAAAAAGUCCAAAUUAAAUGUUGCGAGUACAGUAUGAAUUUGUCUUCCACACAAGAUUGAAUGUUUGGAUGCUUGUGACUGUACAUAAAUAUUUUGAGGUUGGAAUAUGCUUAUUUGCUCUGGAGAGAGGAAAAAGCCCACAGAGAUGGGGAAAGAAUGUAUGUGAAUGUGUUCCCUUAUUCUGAGAAUAAAGAUGGUUCCUUUUCUGCAAUGUUUACCCA